UCCGCGUCGCCAUGUUGGUUUCUUACUAGCAAUGCCAACAUCAUAAUGGGGAGGACGCUGUUCGUAGUGAAACUUGGCUUUGGUCGUCCGGUCGUUUUAUAAAAUCAUAAAACCGUGAAACUUAGGCAGCAGGAAGGCAUCCUGAGACCAUGUUGGCACGUCUGUUUCGGCUCCAUGGACUGCUGGUGGCCUCCCACCCUUGGGAGGUGAUAGUUGGGACCCUGGCUGUCACCGUCUGCCUCAUAUCCAUGAACAACCUAGCAGCCAGCAGCCAGAUGUGCAGCUGGAAUGAGUGUCCAAAAGUUGAGGAGGAAGUCCACAGCAGUGAUAUAAUCAUUCUCACAGUCACUCGCUGCAUGGCCAUCAUUUACAUCUAUUUCCAGUUCAAGAAUCUCCUACAACUGGGAUCCAAAUAUAUCCUGGGUAUUGCUGGAUUGUUUACAGUAUUUUCCAGCUUUGUUUUCAGUACAGUGGUCAUCCACUUCUUUGGGAAAGAGCUGACAGGCCUCAACGAAGCCCUCCCGUUCUUCCUCCUGCUGAUUGACCUGUCCAAAGCCUGCACGCUGGCGAAAUUUGCCCUCAGCUCGAACUCUCAGGAGGAGGUGAGGGAGAACAUCUCUCAGGGCAUGGCCAUCCUGGGCCCCACGUUCACCCUGGACGCUCUGGUCGAGUGUCUGGUUAUCGGAGUUGGCACCAUGUCAGGUGUUCCUCAGUUGGAGAUCAUGUGUUGUUUUGGCUGUAUGUCCGUUCUGGCCAAUUACUUUGUCUUCAUGACGUUCUUCCCGGCAUGUGUCUCCCUGGUCCUGGAGUUGUCGAGGGAAAGUCGGGAAGGCCGUCCCAUCUGGCAGAUGAGCCACCUGGCCCAUGUGCUGGCGGAAGAGGAAGACAACAAGCCCAACCCUGUGACCCAGAGGGUUAAAAUCAUCAUGUCUCUGGGUUUGGCCUUGGUCCACGCCCACAGUCGGCUGACAUCCGAGCAUUCAGGCCACAAUCGCACCGCGGAGGGGCCCUUAGCAGAGAGGCUGGAAUCAGCUGGUACCAUGUGGCCUGUUAAGCUCACCAGUAUGGAGCUGGAACACGUGAUAACCCUCAGUCUCGCCCUCCUUCUUGCUGUGAAGUACGUCUUCUUUGAGCAAGCAGAGACAGAGUCCUCGUUGUCUCUCAGGAGUCCCAUUAGCAGCUCGUCUCCGACCCAGAAGCCCAGAGGAGCAGAGGACUGCUGCAGGAGGGACCUUCCAGCCCCGAAACCCCACAAGGGUACCAGCGUUGCCUCGGCAACCAGCACCGCCUCCUCAGCCAUCUCAGAUGUGAAACUGUCCUCUGAGGCCGACAUUACUUUCAGACAAAAGGAAGCGACGCCAGCGGCCCUGAUGGAACACGACCUCCACGCCUACACAGCUCCUCCUAAUUGCCGGUCGGAGCCCCGCUCGCUGGAGGAGUGUAUGGCCAUCCUCUCAGAUCCUCGGAGAGGUCCUCAGAUGCUGAGCGAUGCAGAGGUGAUGAAACUGGUGACGUCAUCCAAGAUACUGAACUACAAGCUGGAGUCAGUGCUGGAGACUCCAGAGAGGGGCGUGGCCAUCAGGAGGGAAAUGUUGUCACCCAAACUUCCUGUUUCCUCCGCGCUGGCCUGUCUGCCUUAUAAAGACUACGACUACUCGAAGGUGAUGGGUGCCUGCUGUGAGAACGUCAUCGGCUACAUGCCCGUGCCCGUGGGAGUGGCUGGCCCUCUUCUGUUGGACAGGAAGUCAUUUCACGUCCCCAUGGCGACCACAGAAGGUUGCUUGGUAGCCAGCACUAACAGAGGAUGCAGAGCUCUGUCUCUGAGCGGGGGCUGCAGCAGCAGGAUCUUAGCUGACGGCAUGACCAGGGGUCCUGUGGUGAGGCUGCCCUCAGCGUGCCGGGCUGCAGAAGUCAAACUCUGGCUGGAGACCUCAGAGGGAUUCGGUGUGAUCAAAGAGGCCUUUGAUGCGACCAGCAGGUUUGCUCGUCUGGAGAAGCUGUUGGUGUGUGUAGCUGGAAAAAACCUCUACAUCCGUUUCCAGUCUCAGACGGGAGACGCCAUGGGCAUGAACAUGAUCUCCAAGGGCACUGAGAUGGCUCUGCACAGGCUGCAGCAGCAGCAUCCGGACGUGGAGGUGCUGUCGGUCAGCGGGAACUACUGCACUGACAAGAAGGCUGCCGCCAUCAACUGGAUCCUGGGCAGAGGGAAGUCCGCCGUGUGCGAGGCCACAAUUCCCGCCAAGGUGGUCAGAGAGGUGCUGAAGACCAGCACAGCUGCUAUGGUGGAGCUGAACAUCAGUAAGAACCUGGUGGGCUCAGCCAUGGCGGGCAGCAUCGGGGGCUUUAAUGCUCACGCCGCCAACAUCGUCACAGCCAUCUACAUCGCCUGUGGGCAGGACCCGGCUCAGACGGUGGGGAGCUCCAGUUGUAUCACUCAGAUGGAGUGUGCAGGUCCAGAUGGGGAGGACCUGUACAUCAGCUGCACCAUGCCCUCCAUAGAGCUGGGAACAGUGGGAGGAGGCACCAACCUGCCGCCACAGCAGGCCUGUCUGCAGAUGCUCGGAGUCGCCGGUGCCGACCAGCCGGGUGAGAACGCCCGGCAGCUGGCCCGUGUGGUGUGUGCUACGGUGCUGGCUGGGGAGCUGUCCCUGAUGGCUGCUUUAGCCGCUGGACACCUCGUCAAGAGUCACAUGGUCCACAACAGAUCCAAAACAAACCUGUCAACAAUGACUGCGUGAUGCUGAGGGUCCACUGUGACCCGGUCCUGACAGGAGCAGGGGGACCUCCAGACAGAACGCUGGAAGUUUGCUUCCAGUUGCCCGGAUGACUGCAGGACUGCGUUCAGAUGCUAAUCAGUGCCAUUUGCGUGGAUCUGAAAUCUUUAGAAGCGGAGAAUCCAGCGUUCUUUUCGGUACUGAUCUUUGAACGAACUGAAUCACUGAGGACGUCUGGAUUGAUAAAAUCCACCUGAACAAGACUCAUGUGCCUCCUCAGAGUUAAAAGGCCAAAGUGCAGAGCUUGUAAAUCUUCUAACACUUUCUCCUUCAGGAGUCAACCUUUGCCAAAGCUUUCUAGAGACGCCCGUUGAUUCAUGUGGUGACUUCUGUUCAAGUUUAAAAUCCAUGAGUGUUUAACUGCCAGCGUUUAGCUUUGUGAAGGCCUCCCUGUGUGACGGGGCUGCUGUAUACUGUGUAUACUGUGUGCUCACUGAUCCUGAUCUAGUUGUUACAGACGGGUUUCUUCUGGGAGUUGACUGAAGGAAUAUUUAUUUUAAGUUACUAUAAACUGUCCAGAAGUAUUAAUCAGGUUCAUGGGGGAUGUUGAAGGUUAAAUUCCUGACUAACGAUCAUGUUUAAUCAUGUCAGAGGUGGCCUUACGUACAGCACGUCAUGCGCUUUAACACGCGGUAGGUAGAAUAUUCAAUUUGACUUUAUUUAAAAAAUAAAACACUAUGAUCCUC